AUGACGAAUUAUACAGAAAAGUUACGCAACUUUAGCAGCUGCGACGUUGCAGAUGGGUUAUUGAACCUAUAUAAAUUUGCCGAUGGUGGUUGCUUUAGUAACUUGCAGCGUUGGUCCGGAGAAAUAAAGGGUACUACUGUUGGUACUGCGUAUACGGUUCUUUUCGAGUCAGAUUCAGAUGUUAUAGAGGAAGUUAAUUAUAUUGAUUUUGUUACGGAGGGUUCUAUCAUAGUGCUUGGUCUGUCCCUUGAGUACCAAAGUAGUUUGGCACCAUUUGUCAAAAUGGAACAAGGAAUCUACGGUGGGUUGAUGUCUACAAGAGCUCAGUACCUUGGUGCUGCUGGUACGGUAGCCUUCGGCAGAAUUAGAGACAUCGAUGAACAUAGAGCUCUUAAUUAUCCGGUAUAUAGUUAUGGAUUGAGUUCAUGUGCACCUAAAAUGAUCGUAAAGCCUUCUGCUGUGAAUGUUCCCAUAACAAUAUUAUGUAGUGACGGUAUUAGAAGAACAUUAGAGCCGGGUGAUUAUAUAGUGGCCGAUAAAAAUGGAGUAGUCCGUAUUCCUACUAGACUAGUGGAUAUGGAUCGACUGAUCAAUUAUAUUGAAAAAUCCAUUGAAGCCGAUGAGCUCGUUGCCAUUGAUAUUAAAAAUGGAAUACCAGCUAAAAAGGCUCAAACAGAGCGUCGUGCUAUAUUAAAACAACUUUUAUGA